AUGUCUGAACUCAGCAAUAUCCUGACAGUCCCCCAUCAAGUGUUUCUGAUCCUGCACACAGCGGUGGUCUUCGGCCACAAAGAGGGCAUCGGCAUCGGUAUCAUCCAAAACGCGGCGACAGACGCAACCCAGUCUAACACUCUAUUAAGAGAGGAGCAUAAACACGGCAUUGAGUGUGGCCAAGUCGGAGCCAAAAACGUCAAAACGUGCGAAAGAGCUAAUAUGCUUGCGCUUGUACUUGCUAUGGGGCUGGCACGUAGUACACUUAAACGACAAUAUGCUGCUGCACGCAUUAAGGUUCAGAGUGUCACAGUGCUCUGUAGUUUGCCAGCAGUAGUUGAAGUGAUCAAACAUCACCGAGCUUGCGGUACCAAAAGUCUUGAAUCUGUGGUGAGCACAGAGGACCGGUCUAUGUUAAGAAGAGUCCUGGCAGGUGUAAGACGAUUGUCGCGAUACAACGUUCAGGUGUCAGUCGUAUGGUAUGGGGCCGAAGGCAAUACUGUAGAUGCAGCAAGAGUAGAGAUGAUAGCCCGUCACAGAAAGAAGAAGGCGUGUCGUCGCCGUCGUCACGAACGACGAAUUAUGUCAAAAAAUACCGAAACGGUAGGCGAUGAAGAAGAAGAUGGAGGAAGCGGCAAGAAAGAAAGGGACGGAGCAGACGACAGGGAAGAAGGGAGGGGCGAUAGCUCGGAUUGGGAACGGAGCACAGAGAGGGAAUCGUCAAGUGCAUUCAUAAUGGAUCAGACAGGUGAGCCAGAGUAG